AUGGCGAUAAGCGAAGAAAACAGCUCAAAUGCCAACACUCAAGUAGAUUCCACUGUAAAUUUCGAACGAUUCAUAACAUUUAUGCGUCAGUUCUCACAAUUUCAAGCUCAGCUCAACAGAUCGAACUCUUCUUCGCCAAUCUCUGACCCCAUCAGCCUGUAUUAUUUGCAUCCGAGUGAAAGUCCAGGUACGGCUUUGAUUCCGUUUCAGCUUACUUUUCAAAACUACUACCAGUGGUCACACGAUAUGUGGAGAGCAUUCAGAUCGAAGAACAAGGAUUACUGCAAUAACAUCUUGCUUUCAUGGCUCAACCUCUCACUCUCUCCAGAAAUUGCUAAGAGUGUGAUAAGGAUUAGCAAUGCUUCAGAUCUGUGGAAGGACUUGAAGAAUCGUUACUCACAUGGAGAUGUCUUCAUAGUUAGAGAAUUGAAAGAGAAAUUCUACACUAUCAGGCAAGGUGAUUUAACUGUUACUUCCUAUUUAACCAAAUUGAAGUCUGUUUGGGAAGAAUUAGAGAACAUUCGUAUAAUCCCUAGCUGUAUAGCUUGUGUUAAUGGCUGCAACUGUGGAUUAAAAAUUAUUAGGGAUUAUGCUUAUGAGGAAUACAUUGUGAAAUUUCUCAGAGGUCUAAAUGAGCAAUACUCUACUGUGAAAUCUCAGAUUAUGUUACUAAAACCUUUGCAUGAUAUCAAUGCAGUUUUGGCAAUGCUAACUCAACAAGAGAGGGAACUAAGUUUAGAUUUCUUGGAUACAAAGAUAAUUACAAAUUUUAUAGAAGUACAGCAUCGAUAA